AAACAGUUGUUCUAUUUUGAAUGUAACUGUUAUAUGCAGUCGUUGUUAACUGGAAAAAUGAACCAGUAGUAUCUCUUUUUGUGAUAUCCUUGUGUGACACACAAUAUUUUGUUGAUAGGACAGUUUGUAGUUAACAAGAUGCCAUCCUGUACUGUAUGUGGAGAAAACGAAUUUGAAGCCAGAGAUGGCCUGUUUUUUUGUUCCAUGUGCAUGACACAGUCACAGGACAUGAGACAGGAGGAGGCUGCCGAAUUUAUCAUGGAUGUGUCAAAUCCUGGAUUCAAGCAUUUGAUAAAGAGCAAAGAGCAUCAAAAGAAAGGAGACAAGGGAACCAAACGAGAUAAGGGGCGUCCAUGGAGCUGCUAUGAAGGGUUUCAGAUCAUUUUAAAGGAGCAAGUAAAAGCAUUAAUAAGGCUAGGAGCAGAUCCAAAACUUAAGGAUGUUGUGUUCCGACUUUGGUGUAAAUAUCUAGCCAAAAUCAAGGUAGCCUUCACUGAAGACUUGGAAAAGGUUGACCCUUUGUUAAAGAAGUUUGAGCGACACAGAGAGAAGUAUCCUGGAACCACAGAUGACCCUGACAUAAAACCAGUAAAGUUACACAAAAUAUGGAAGAAAAAGUCUACUGUAGCUGAUGCUACAACCAAUAUUGAGAAUCAAGAACUGCAGUUUUCUUUACGAGAUGAAGAUUUUUAUGAUGAAGACAACCCAUUCCAAUGUGUCACUGAUAACCAUGACUUGGAUGAUGAAUAUGAUACUGACUCUGAUGACAACAUUGAAUGUGAACAGGAUGGUCAAACCUCUUCAUCCUUGACAAGACGGUCUUAUGCGCAACAUGCAGGUUUCAUGAACGUGAAGAAGACGUUGGUAUUCUGUUAUAUUGGUCUUUUGUACACCAAUCCCGUCACCACUGCAGUGGAUAUUGUCAGAUGGGUACAUCAGAAGGACCUACCAUAUGAGAAGGCAUCUAAACUCCUUCCUGAGGAUAUGAAGUUUGGGCCCUAUGACAGCAACACAUUUCAUGCGCCUUUACCUGUAUAUGAAGAGAUGCUGAGAAAGGACGCUGGUCAAAUGAUCAAAUAUCUUGACCUCCAGGAUGUUCCCACGACCCCGAUCAGAGACCUCAUUAAUAAGUAUGUGGUCGCCCUCGAGUUGCCAGGUGAUCUUCACGGGUUUGUACACAAGAUUCAUGAUCUUACAGAGUACAAGAAACGUUAUAAGAAUGUAACUCUGCGUAGUUAUGACAGUGUAGCCAUGGCAUUUAUAAUCAUCACUGUGGAGACUCUGAUGGGCCUGGAUGGCUCCACAGAAAGGAAGUUGUCAAAGAUUUCAAAGAAGAUGGAAGCCUUGCUUCCAGGAGUGCGACUGUUUGUCUGGGAUGAUUGGGUUUGCCAUCAUGACAAAAAACAGAAACUGACCUUGACUCGUCUAAUGACAAACGCCUUUGAUAUGCGGGUCCUUGAUAAUGUUGAUCAAAUUACUACAUCAUUCAGACAUGCUAGGAGACGAGUUGGACGACACACAGACAAACAAACUUUAAAGAAGUUCCAGGAAAGCUCUCAGAGUGCAUUACUUCUGCCAUUGAAGAAGUUAUCAGAGGUUGAAGAGUCAGCUUUAUCUGUGAGGGAUGCUGCUAAUCAGGAGAAAGACAAUACUGAGACUGGAGGAUCAUCUUCUCAUGAAUCAACGGAUCAGACAUCAGAAUUAAGAUCAGAUGACAACAGGAACUACAGGACUUGCAGACUGAAACACAUCACACAGCCAGAACACUUUUUAGACCUCCUAAAGCAGGAGUUGUGUGAGAGUAGACAUUAUACUACUGUAAAUACUGCCAGGGAAGACCGUUUUGGAAACAAUUCUGUGGAAGACACAAGUGCAAAUGAUACAGUGGAAGGGACAUUGGGAAAUGUUACAGUUGUACAUUCUACUAAUCACACUAAAACAGUAGGGGAUUCUAGUGAAGGAAUAUUUGGUGAUGGUGAAGAGAUAUUAAAUGUUAAGGAUCAAGAACAGUAUAAUAUAAUGAUACAGAAAUUGGUAAUGAUAUUAAGCGAGAGACAGUUAGACAAGAACUUUGGGAAGAAAUCCAUGUUGACUAGCAACUGUAGUUACAGAUGGCUAGUCCACAAGUGUGCUUUACUUAUAGAAACCUCAGACACAGAACUCAACAGGCAUGUCAAUCAAAUCCAGAACAUUUUACUCAAGUUCUUUGUUCCAAGCCAGAGGUCACAAUUGAAGUAUUUCAAUGAACGCUUUGUAGGGUUUCUUUACCAUAUGGUACGUAAAAGUAAAUUAUGUGAUGAAUGA